AGAAUGUGGAAACCGUAAACUGAAAUUCGCACUUCUUUCGGUUCUCAUUCGCCCCUGUGGUCGCCGCAGGCCCUCCCUAAGAAGCAGACGUCGUUAUACUGACGCCGUCGCGGUUUGAUCCUCGUCUUCCGGUCGAUCUAUUACUCUGCUUUUGCAGUUUCUGCUCCGUCAAUUAAUUACUGGGUUUACUGUGCAGAUUGAUUCUUUGCGGUUUGAUAUGAUAGACAUGACCUGGUUCAGUGCCUUGUUAAUUGGGGCUAGCUGCCUUGCUCUGGGGUACUUCAUCGGAGCCCGGCAUUCUGCCCGUAUCAUUUUCCUGCCCCGAGUAGCUAAAGGCGCUGAAACAGUUGAUGACAUUAAAUCAAAGAACCGUGAUAAACUCCCCCUCGAGAUCGAAAAACUAGCUGAAAUCCUUGAAGAUUUUAAAAUGGUUUUGGUCGUAAGAAAUGACUUAAAGAUGGGGAAAGGGAAGAUUGCUGCACAAUGCAGUCAUGCAGCUUUGGGUCUUUACAAGAAACUUGUAAAUCGAGCACCGAAAUCUUUAAACAGGUGGGAGAUGUGUGGGCAGGUCAAGGUUGUCGUGAAAAUUGAAAGCGAAGAUGAUAUGCUUGUUUUGCAGGCAAAGGCAAACUCACUGAAUUUACAAACACAUAUUACUAUUGAUGCUGGGAGAACACAGCUUGCUCCAAAUUCAAGAACAGUGAUGGCAGUUUUAGGACCCGCAGAUAUGGUUGACAAUUUGACUGGUGGAUUGAAGCUUUUAUAGUGGAAGUUUUGCUAUUCUUUGGCCUAAGCGGUGGAAGGUUAUCAGCUCCAUUGAAGAGAUUUCAAAUACUUUAUGAUCUGAGCUUUUUGCCUUCAGUCUUUGGCCGGACAUAUAAUUGAUCACUUUUAAAUCAUUAUUUUAAGUGACAACUUUUGCUUUCAACAGUGAUCUCAAGUCGAUUGAAUCAACAUUUCCGUCUUUUAUAAUAGCUAAGAUUGUUGUGCA